UGUCUUCCCUCUUCCUCUUCCUCUUCUCAAUUCUAUCCUCUUUUUCUCUGUGUUGUCCUUAUCCUCUGUAAUACCUCAUUUCUCCCUUUUUUCUAUCUUCUUGAUCCUAUCUUAUCUUGUGUAUUUGCGUGCUUCUGUUACACCGCGCGUUGUACACUACACUCGACCAUUGUACAAAUGCCAUACUUGUCCUUUUGCUUAUUGGCUUAAUUCCUCCCGCAUUCCACGAGAUCUUCCCGUCCUCGAGUCCAAUAAUCUCCAUUGGUCUCUUGUCCGUUGUACCUCUUUCUCUUCCCACGACUCAAUCCCCGGCCGUUCACUAUGGGCCUCAUCGGAAAUGUUCUCUACUACUCUUUUCACCCCUCGGAAUUGAGGGCCAUCAUGCAAUGGAAAGUCUGGCACAUCCCCGUCCAUGAACGCAAAGAGACGGACGAAACCGAAACACAAAAGACCUGCUUCAAGUUUCUCGACAAAACCAGCCGGAGUUUUAGCGCGGUUAUCAAGGAACUCCAUCCCGAGUUGCUGCUCCCCGUCUGUCUGUUCUACCUGAUCUUGCGUGGCUUGGAUACCGUCGAGGAUGACACCUCGAUUCCCCUUGCGACCAAGGAACCUUUGCUGCGCGAUUUCAAGGACUUCCUCGAACAGGAUGGCUGGACCUUCAAUGGCAACCGGCCGGAGGAGAAGGACCGUGAACUGCUGGUUCAGUUUCACAACAUAAUCACCGAGUUCAAGAACUUGAAGCCCGCCUACAAGGAAAUCAUCAGGGAUAUCACCGACAAGAUGGGCAACGGUAUGGCCGACUAUGCCCGCAAGGCCGAAUCGGACGAUGCGAGCGUUGUCACCAUUGAGCAGUACGACUUAUAUUGUUACUACGUGGCCGGUUUGGUCGGUGAAGGUCUGACCCGUCUGUUCAUCGAGGCCAAGUUCGGCAACCCGGCGUUGUUGAAGCGCGAACGUCUUCACAAGUCUAUGGGACUCUUCCUGCAGAAGACGAAUAUCAUCCGUGAUAUCCGGGAAGACAACGAUGACGGCCGCCGCUUUUGGCCCAAAGAGAUUUGGUCCAAGCACGUCGACGACUUUGACGACCUGUUCAAGCCGGAGAAUCUCGGUAUCGCCCUGAACUGCAGCUCCGAGAUGGUCUUGAACGCCCUGGAACACGUCGAGGACUGUCUUUUCUACCUCGCUGGUCUGCGUGAGCAGAGCGUGUUCAACUUCUGUGCGAUCCCUCAGUCCAUGGCCAUUGCUACCCUCGAACUGUGCUUCCGCAACCCGGCAAUCUUCCAGCGCAACAUCAAGAUCACCAAGGGUGAUGCUUGCCAGCUGAUGAUGGAGUCGACUCAGAACCUGCGUCUGGUCUACCAAGUGUUCCGCCGGUACGCUCGUCGGAUUCACAAGAAGAACUCUCCCAAGGACCCCAAUUUCCUCAAGAUCAGUCUUGUUUGUGGACGGAUUGAGAAAUUCGCCGAAACCAUCUUCCCAAGCCAGUCCGCUGAGGAAGCUCAGCGUCGUUUGACUAAUACAGUGACUGAGGAGGAGGCACAAAAGGCCAAGGAAGAUGCUGAAGCGCGCCAGGAUGUCUACUUCAUCAUGGGCCUGAUGUGUGUCGUUGUGUUGAUCGUUGCGCUGACUAUGACUGGAUUUGCCUGGUACAUGGGCGCACGCUUCGAUCUCGCUUGGCAGGAGUUGAGGAAGGGCAACUUCCGCCCCCCCCAGAACCUUCGCGGGGCCCAACAAACUCAUCAAGAGUUAUAGACUCGCUCUUGCACCCUUCUUACGGAAUUACGACCCUUUACUGUCUUAAUUGCUAGUACAUCUUCGGUUACCCCUUGCUCGCAGAUGGCUUAUGUCUCUAUACGCCUGUGUUUAUUAUACUCACGCCAUUUCUGCAGCGAUAUACUUUCUAAUAACGAUUCUUUCCUUUCCACCCAUUCUCGUGGGGUAUCCGCUGACUCGUACGGAAGUUUUUGCCUUUAGACCACCUAGCACGGAUGUCAAAUUGCAACCCAGCCUGACAAUGACUGUGGUUGUGCCGAAGAAGUGCUGAUAUUGAGCGGAGUUUACUCUGACCAGCGACGUACUAGAUUUGUGUCUUUGCAGUGUUUUCGGAUGCUGAAAUGGCACACGUCCAUUGAGGACCUGGAACAUUUCGUAUUAGCUAGUAUUAGCUAGUCUGUAGCAAUCUCAUGAUUUUUAACACUAC